UACUUCAUAACUUCCCGUGGUGCGUUCAGGAGCUGCGGGACAGAAACGACGAGCUGAGCUCAGAGUUGGAGCUGCUGAAGAAUCAGAGGAGCAACAGGAAGUCCAGACGCUCUGCAGGGGGAGGAGCCAGCAGCACGGAGCCUGAUGGGGGGGACAUGAAGCGCUGCUCGUCUCCUCAGGUGAGGAGGAAGCUGCAGCCGGCAGAUAAAACAGCUCCGGGCCCCUCUGUGAGCCUCCAGACUGAACUGGCUCUGGAGGCUCUGAAGCAGAAACAAGAGACAGAGCUGCAGCAGCUCCACAUCCAGCUGGAGACACAGGUGAACUUCUAUGAGCGCAGCCUGGAGCUGAUGAGGAGGAGCAUGGAGGUGGAGCGCAAGGACAUCAGCCAGGCCUUCAAGAUGGAGAUCAGUGAGCUGGAGGAGCAGAAGGCUCAGGUGGAGCAGCAGGUGAAGCAGCUGAAGGAGCAGCUGCAGCGAGGAGGAGGAGGAGCGUGGAGCAACCAGCAGGACCGCAGAAUGCAACGGGAGCGAGCCGAGCUGGAGCAGAACUUCGCCCGAGAGAUCGGCAACUUGGUCCAGAGCCUGAGCGCCGAGAAGGAGCAGCUGGGGGCGGAGCUUAAGCUGCAGGCGGACCAGGAGCUCACGCUGGUCAGGAAGGAGGCGGAGCUUCAGCUGGCCGAGGGCCAGAGAGGAUUCUGGGAGAUAGUGCGUCAGGUGACCCAGCUGAAGGAGGAGCUGGCAGACCUCCAGACGGCGUCCCACAGGACCCGGCGGGACCGGCAGGAGGCCACGGGGACCCGGGUCCUGGUGCUGGACGGGGUCUCCCAGGAGGCCCUGCAGCGGGAGCGGACCAGGACCUCUCUGGACCAGGACCAGGAGAACCGGGGCUCCGCCCAGACGGAGGAGAUGGUCCUAGAGCUCAACUCCAAGACCUGCACGGAGGCCUCUCCCCAGAGGCCCUGCAGAGACCUGGACCUGAGCGGACAACAAGUCCUCCAGCUGCAGCGAGACCUGCAGGACUCCCGAGACCGGCUGCAGGAGGCGCAGCAGGACUACGAAGAGGAGAAGAGGAAGAUGAGGCAGCAGCUGGUGGAGCUGGAGGACCUGGUCCUGGUCCUGGAGGAGGUGAUGGACCCGGCCGGGCCACCCAGGACUCGGCUGGAGGAGGUCCGGCUGGAGAACGGAGCUCUGCAGGAGGAGGUCCGGGAGCUGGAGGAGCAGGUGGACCAGAAGAGGAGGCGGGUGGAGCAGCUGGAGAGGGACCACGAGAGGAGAGGAGGAGAGGAGGAGCGGCUGCACUCGGAGAACUCCAGGUACCGGGAGGAGGUUCUGGCUCUGAGCGGCAGGAACCUGACGCUCGCCGACGCCAACGCCGAGCUGAGCGCCCGGCUCCGGGAGGACCAGGAGCAGCAGGAGGCCACGCAGGCCCGUGUGGUGGCGUUGGAGGCGGAGCUUACGGCGGUGACCCUGAAGCGGUCCUCGGAGGCUGAGGAGGGGCGGAGCCACGAGGUGGAGACGCUGCAGCGGGCGCUGCUCUCAGUGGAGUUGGAGGCCCAGCUGCUUCGGGAGGAAGUGGGCGUGGCCCAGAAGGUGGAGGAGCUGGAACGGGAGAAGGAGGAGCUCCGUCAGGCGCUGGAGGAGCAGGAGGUGCAGGCCUCCGUCACCCUGCAGGAGGAGACCCGCAAACUGCGAGUCCAGAACCAGGAGCUCCGACACCAGCUGGCGGCGCUGCAGGUCCAGAGUCUGGAGGUCCAGGACCUGAACCAGGACCUGAACCAGGACCUGAACCAGGAGCAGCAGAACUUGAAGACCAAACUGAGCCAGCUGCAGGCGGAGCGGGCUCGGGACCAGGCGGAGCUGCUGCAGGUGCAGCACCUGAGGGAGCAGGAGGAGCAGAGGAGGAGCCGGCAGCUGGAGGAGGAGCAGAGGAGGAGCCGGCAGCUGGAGGAGGCGCUGAGGCUCCAGGCCCAGCAGAGCAGCUCCCACAUCAGCAUGAAGCAGGCUCAGUGGGAGAAGGUGGUGUCCUCCCUGCAUCAGAGGGUGGAGGCUCUAGAAACCACUCUGAAGGGGGUUCGCCUGGUCCUGCAGGAGAAAGUCCAGCAGCUCAAAGACCAGCUGCAGCAGGGCGUGAAGGCCGGCCGGCUCCUGAAGGAGGCGCACCAGGAGAACUCCGGCCUGCAGGUGGCGCAGCAGCUCGCAGAGCAGCGGCAGAAACAAGCAGAGAAGAAGAGCGUCCGGCUGGAGGAGCGCGUCGGAGCGCUGCACCGCCUGCUGCGGGAGGUGGUGCCUGAGGCGCUCGCCACGUAGAGGCCGGAACACGCCAUCAAUAACACGAUCGAUCAUCAAUAACACAAUCAAUAACACGAUCAAUAAUCAAUAACACGAUCAAUCGUCCAUAACACGAUCAAUAAUCCAUAACACGAUCAAUCGUCAAUAACGCGAUCAAUAAUCAGUAACGCAAUCAAUAACAUGAUCAAUCGUCCAUAACACGAUCAAUAAUCAGUAACACAAUCAAUCGUCCAUAACACGAUCAAUAAUCAAUAACACGAUCAAUAAUCAAUAACACGAUCACUCAUCAAUAACACGAUCAAUCGUCCAUAACACGAUCAAUAAUCCAUAACACGAUCAAUCGUCAACGCGAUCAAUAAUCAGUAACGCAAUCAAUAACAUGAUCAAUCGUCCAUAACACGAUCAAUAAUCAGUAACACGAUCAAUCGUCCAUAACACGAUCAAUAAUCAGUAACACAAUCAAUCGUCCAUAACACGAUCAAUAAUCAAUAACACGAUCAAUAAUCAAUAACACGAUCACUCAUCAAUAACACGAUCAAUCGUCCAUAACACGAUCAAUAAUCCAUAACACGAUCAAUCGUCAACGCGAUCAAUAAUCAGUAACGCAAUCAAUAACAUGAUCAAUCGUCCAUAACACGAUCAAUAAUCAGUAACACGAUCAAUCGUCCAUAACACGAUCACUAAUCAGUAACACGAUCAAUAAUCAAUAACACGAUCACUCAUCAAUAACACGAUCAAUCGUCCAUAACACGAUCAAUCGUCCAUAACACGAUCAAUAAUCAAUAACACGAUCAAUCGUCCAUAACACGAUCAAUAAUCCAUAACACGAUCAAUAAUCAAUAACACGAUCAAUCGUCCAUAACACGAUCAAUAAUCAGUAACAUAAUCAAUAACACGAUCAAUAAUCAGUAACACGAUCAAUCGUCCAUAACACGAUCAAUAAUCAAUAACACGAUCAAUAAUAAGUAACACGAUCAAUCGUCCAUAACACGAUCUAUAAUCAAUAACAUGAUCAAUAACAUGAUCAAUCGUCCAUAACAUGAUCAAUAAUCAGUAACAUAAUCAAUAACACGAUCAAUAAUUAGUAACACGAUCAAUCGUCCAUAACACGAUCAAUCGUCCAUAACACGAUCAAUAAUCAAUAACACGAUCAAUCGUCAAUAACACGAUCAAUAAUCCAUAACACGAUCAAUCGUCAAUAACGCGAUCAAUAAUAAAUAACAUGAUCAAUAAUCAGUAACACGAUCAAUCGUCCAUAACACGAUCAAUAAUCAGUAACACGAUCAAUCGUCCAUAACACGAUCAAUCGUCCGUAACACGAUCAAUAAUCAGUAACAUAAUCAAUAACACGAUCAAUAAUCAAUAACACGAUCAAUCGUCCAUAACACGAUCAAUAACACGAUCGGUCAUCCUGUCUUUGGUUCUGAUUGUUUUCCUUUGAUGAAUUAUUUACAUUCUUCUGACAGUUUAAUGGAUCAAAGAUGUUUCAAUAUUUUAUAUUUAUUACAGCCGAUCAAUAAACUGGAGGGAGGAAAUAUUUCAGAAUAAAAGCGCCGAUCAGAUUGAGCCUGAGGACGUGUGACGUCAUGGCGGGGAGGCGCUGACUCCUUGAGUCACACACACAACCAAAGGGGCUGAUUCUAUUGGCUGCUGGGUGAUUCAUGUCUCAUCAGCAUUCACACGCACACGGUGCACAUGACAGAUGCGUGGAGGUGCGCAGCGCAGCUCUCCUCUCCGCUCUCCGCUCCGCUCUCCUCUCCGCUCCGCGCUCCUCUCCGCUCUCUCCGCUCCGCUCUCCGCUCCGCUCCGCUCUCCUCUCCGCUCUCCUCUCUCCCUGUUCAUCACGCUGAGACGUUCAGCUCGGAUGCUUCAUCCUCUUCCAUGUUGGCGUCUGGCAGCAAAACACGAAAACAAACGGACUGGACUCCCUGGCGCCUCAGCGUAGAAGAAGCAGCAACAAGGACCCGUUGGCUCAGGAGCGCCCCCUGCAGGGCGGCAGAGGACUAGCACCUCACCCUGCGCCUUUAAUUACCAUCAGCAAACUAAAUAUGUCCCGUACCAACAUUAAAGUGUAAAGGUUUUACCAACAUUAACGUGUAAAGGUUUUACCAACAUUAAAGUGUAAAGGUUAAAGAGCUUAGCAGACUGGAACAUCAGGGUAAAUAAACAUCUGCAAACAUUAUAUUGGCGACAUGCAGAGAUACGGCAUCCCGCACGGGCCAAUCGCAUCAAGGGUCUCACCUGCCCUGACCGCACGUCCCUGGUGUCAACGUAUCGAUCAUGGAACCUUCACGGUGACUCACAGGAGGACAGGUGUGUUUGUGGGCGGGGCCACGGAGACCUCACCUGUCUCGUUCAACUGGGACCUUCUUCUGAAGCUGCUUCGGAGAACCAGUCCGACCGCACACGCACAACUAUAUGUUGUUAUUUUUAUCAGUGAGUUGUGUCUGCGGUCACUUUUCUGGAUGGUUUGUAAUUUCCCUUCAGAGUGAGACCUCCACUCUGUGGUCACGUGGUGUUAAAGUUACAGGUUUCUCCUCCAGUGAGACCUCCUGUCCUCAGCAGAUAUUGAUGUACACUUUGUUUAAUAAACGUUUUAUUGGUAAACCGCU